AUGCCCGCCCCAUCCAAAACUACAUUCCUCGACCCCUCUACCGCUAUCGCCCAUCUUGCGACAUAUCCUCGCUCAGAUGGGCUUUCUGUACAAGAGCUCAUGGACUCUACAGUCCACGGGGGGCUGACGUAUAACGACUUUUUGAUGCUUCCAGGAAAGAUCGAUUUUCCAGCCUCCGAUGUGAUAACGGAAAGUAGGGUGACGCGGAAUGUAGUGUUGAAAACACCUUUCAUGAGUAGCCCUAUGGAUACUGUCACGGAGACCGAGAUGGCUAUCAGUUUGGCUCUUCUCGGUGGUAUUGGUGUCAUCCACCAUAAUCAAUCCGCGGCUUCUCAAGCUGCUAUGGUCCGAGCCGUCAAGAGACACGAAAAUGGUUUUAUUGCAGACCCUGUUGUACUCUCUCCCACUCAUUUAGUUGAGGACGUCUUGGAUAUCAAAGCACGCCUUGGUUUCUGUGGUAUUCCUGUUACUGAUACGGGGCUUCUGGGUGGAAAGCUAGUCGGCAUCGUUACUUCUCGUGACGUGCAGUUCCAAUCACCAUUUGCUUCUUUACGCGAUGUCAUGACCACUAAUCUCGUUACUGCUCCGCAAGGUGUCACGCUUGCGGAAGCUAAUCAUAUCUUACGUGACUCGAAAAAAGGAAAACUCCCUAUCGUCAAUGCAGAGGGCCAGCUAACAUCACUCCUUGCUCGCUCCGAUCUGCUCAAGAAUCAGACUUACCCAUUGGCCAGUAAAAACUUGGAAAGUAAACAGCUUUAUGCCGCAGCUGCUGUCGGAACUAGGCCCUCUGAUAGAGAAAGGCUUACUUUGCUCGUCGAGGCUGGUUUGGAUAUCGUGGUGCUAGAUUCUUCACAAGGCAAUUCGGUCUUCCAGAUCGAAAUGAUACAGUGGGUCAAGCAAACGCAUCCUCAGCUUGAGGUCAUUGCUGGUAAUGUUGUGACAAGGGAGCAGGCCGCAAACCUUAUCGCUGCUGGGGCAGAUGCACUUCGCAUUGGUAUGGGAAGUGGGUCUAUUUGUAUUACGCAAGAGGUUAUGGCCGCGUUGGCUUUGGGUGCAAGUGCGGUAAUGAUGGGAGGUCUCCUUGCGGGUACGACUGAAGCUCCUGGAGAAUACUUUUAUCAUGAAGGCAAGAGGGUGAAGGCGUACAGAGGCAUGGGGAGCCUGGAAGCGAUGGAACAGGGUAAACCUGGCGCCAACUCUGCCCAAGCCAAUGGGAAGCCUGGUUCGACGAAACACGCACCUCAGCCUACUAGUGCACCGCAUGAGAAUGCGGCUACAACUCGUUAUUUUUCAGAGUCUUCAUCCGUUAAGGUGGCACAGGGUGUUUCAGGUGAUGUGCAGGAUAAGGGAAGUGUGAAGGCGUUCCUGCCUUACCUUUACGUGGGCUUGCAGCAUAGUUUGCAAGAUAUCGGGGUGCGAAGUGUUGCUGAGUUGAAGAAGGGUGUGACAGAGGGUCGUGUGCGCUUUGAGCUCAGGACGGCCAGCGCUCAGAUCGAAGGAGGUGUACAUGGUUUGAAUUCGUAA